UAAGCGAAACCCUACAACAUCCUAAAGUGAACCUGUCAAUUGUCGGACUUUGACAAUACAUGUCAAUAAUGAUAACCGCGCAAAAUUCAUACGAAGCGGCAUUCUUAACAUUCUCGUUGUUGUUUUCUAAUUUACAUCUGUUAUUGAAUAAAAUUAAGUGCUUCGAUCUCUUUCCGACCCAUCAACAAAACCAUGCAAGCCUUUCUAAAAACAGGCCGGACAACUGGAGACAGUUCUUCUGCUGGCGCCAGUGGUGAAAGCGGUACAACAUCAACCAAGCGGGCAAAGCAUAGCGUACCCUGGGUGGAGAAAUACCGUCCAAAAAGUGUCGAUGAUGUGGUGGAACAAGCAGAAGUGGUAGCCGUGCUGCGUGAAAGUCUCUCAACUACCGAUCUACCGAAUUUGUUACUGUACGGACCUCCCGGUACCGGCAAAACCAGCACAAUCCUGGCCGCUGCGAGACAACUGUUCGGGGACAUGUUCAAAGAACGCAUUCUAGAGCUGAAUGCAUCGGAUGAUCGUGGUAUAGCGGUGAUUCGGAACAAGGUGAAAACGUUCGCACAACUCACGGCGAGUGGUACCCGGGCGGACGGUAAACCGUGUCCACCGUUCAAGAUCGUCAUUCUGGAUGAGGCCGAUGCGAUGACUCACGCGGCUCAGGCUGCUCUGCGUCGAACCAUGGAAAAGGAAACGAAAACAACACGAUUUUGUCUAGUUUGCAACUACGUGUCGCGUAUUAUCGAGCCCAUAACAUCCCGAUGCACCAAGUUUCGUUUCAAACCGUUGGGUGAAGAAAAGAUCAUAGAACGAUUGCGCUACAUCUGCGGACAGGAAGGUGUUAAGGUAGAGGACGAUGUUUAUAAGGACAUCGUUAACAUAUCCGGUGGUGAUUUGAGACGAGCCAUCACCACACUGCAAUCGUGCCACCGGUUGAAGGGUACCCAGGCGCGUAUCGAACGGCAGGACAUACUGGAAAUGUCCGGUGUGGUACCGGAACGCUACCUGGAGGAAUUUAUUUCAGUUUGCAAAAGCUCGAACUACAGUAAGCUGGAGGAAUUUGUACAGAACCUUUCCUACGAUGCGUAUAGCGUUGGCCAACUAUUUGAACAGCUGAACGAGUACAUCGUGUUCAACGACGGACUUACGGAAAAACAAAAGGCUCUUAUCUGCGAAAAGCUCGGUGAAUGUUGCUUCCGACUACAUGGCGGAGGGUCGGAAUAUAUUCAGAUUAUGGAUUUAGGCUGCGUCACAAUUCAGGCACUCAAAGACCAGUGAAGUUCUGUUAAUAAAUAAUAUUCUCAACUGCAUUAUUUA